AUGUCGACCGACGUCGUGAGCGCCUCAGAGCCCAGAGGCCCUCCAGUCACCGCGGCACCUGGGCCAAGCCGCGACUCGCCACCAGACGCUCCAAGCAUCGGACCUCAUCCCAUCCCAGAUACCGCCAAACUUCCCGCCCAUGGCCAGGAUGAAAUAGAGUGCGCCAAACCGGCUGCGCCCAUCUUCCUGCACUCGCCUCCUGAUAGCAACAAUGCGACCAAGUCCGAUGCGAGCGACUCGGAGCUCAGCGAACUUGAGGAGGAGCCGACUCUUGACGACGCACCGUCCGCAACAGCGUUUACUACUGCACCCGCCCCCACUUCCGCUCCCGCACUUGAACCAGCCCCGAGCAAACUCAUCGGCGACGAAGAGGACAUUGGUGAGGUGUUGCCGGAAGAGUGGUCUGGGGCUGUGCCCAUCUUUCGUCCGACGUGGGACCAGUUUAAGGAUUUCAAGAAAUUUAUGAACAAGGUAGAUUGCUAUGGCAUGAAGUCCGGCAUCAUCAAGAUUAUACCACCCCGGGAAUGGAAGGAUGCUCAGCCGCCGUUGGAUGAACUCGUCAAACAGAUUCGAGUCCGAGAGCCUAUCAAGCAAGACAUCAUGGGAUCGAAUGGAACCUACCGCCAAGUCAACAUUCUCCACGGUCGAUCUUACAACGUUCCGCAAUGGCGGCAGUUGUGUGAACAGAGCGAACAUCAACCUCCCGCUCGUCGUGGAGAACGACGAGCCAAUGCCGAUAAAUACAAACAAGUCCGGCCAAGGCCUUCCAACGCCUCCAAGACUAAUACUCCAACGACUCCCAAAAGGCGUGGAAGAGGGAGACCAUCGAAGAACAAGGGAAAAAAGACCAUCGACGAGAAUGAGGAGCGACCAAUGACGCCAGUUUCUCCAGGACCAGAAAUGGAGGCAGGGGCAGAAGACAAACCGGUCGAGUCGAUAGAGCAAGAAGUCGGAGAUGAGACCAAAGAAACCGAUGAUGAAUCCACUGUCGGACGGACAGGAGGACGGAUGGGUGCCGUCAAACCCUCGAAACCAAAGACACAGUCCGUCUCGGCUCGUCGGAAAUACAGCCGAAGAGAAGGAUCUGCCAUGAUUGAUGAGGCGGCUUUCAGGGGCUUUGACUACCGCCUGGACGUUUCCGAAUUCACCCCCGAGCGUUGUGAAGAGCUGGAACGCGCGUACUGGAAAACUCUCACAUAUGCCGCUCCGCUGUAUGGUGCUGAUAUGAUGGGCACUCUCUUCGACGACCGCACAGAGAACUGGAACCUUAACAAGCUUCCCAACUUGCUGGAUGUUCUUGGUACCAAAAUUCCCGGAGUCAAUACGGCCUAUCUUUACCUGGGCAUGUGGAAAGCCACCUUUGCCUGGCACCUCGAAGAUGUGGAUCUCUACAGCAUCAACUACCUUCAUUUCGGAGCCCCGAAGCAGUGGUACAGCAUUUCCCAAGCUGACGCACGCCGUUUCGAGGCGGCCAUGAAAAGUGUGUGGCCUGCUGAUGCUAAAGCUUGCAGUCAGUUUCUUAGACACAAAGGCUUUUUAAUCUCUCCCCAGUAUCUUUUGCAACACUACGGAAUCAGGGUAAACAAAGUUGUCUCAUACCCCGGAGAAUUUGUGGUCACGUAUCCGUAUGGCUAUCAUUCUGGUUAUAACUUGGGUUACAACUGUGCAGAGGCGGUGAACUUUGCCUUGGACACUUGGCUGGAGAUGGGCAAGAUCGCCAAGAGAUGCGAAUGCGCACAGGCUCAGGACAGCGUCUGGAUCAACGUUCACGAGAUUGAGCGUAAGCUUCGAGGCGAGGAAACCGAGUAUGAAGAGACGGAGGACGAAGACGACGAGGAUGAGGACGAUGAAGAGCAAUCCAGUCUUCCCACGCCACCAGCGAGCAGCAGCGUCAAGCUGAAAGACGCCAGCAGGAAGAGAAGACGUGGUGUGGACGAAAAGGGCGCCAAGACCAGGGUCAAGAAAUUGAAACUCCGCCUCAAAACAAAAGCGGAGCCUCCAUGCUGUUUAUGCCCCAACGACGUAUCCAUCUUCGAACUGCUCCCAACAGAAGACGGCCGCAAAGCUCACAAACUCUGCGCCCUUUAUUUGCCCGAGACCUAUAUCGAUGUCGUGGAAGGCCAAGAAAUUAUCUGCAAUGCUGGGGGGGUUCACAAGGAUCGUCUCAACCUGAAAUGUCUGUUUUGUCGGUCUAGACGCGGCGCAUGCUUCCAGUGUUCGCACAAGAAAUGUGCCCGAGGCUAUCACGCCACGUGCGCUGCCGCAGCCGGGGUGUUUGUCGAAGACCAGCAUGUUCCCGUCUUUGACGAGAACGGUAUCGAAUACAAGGAGCAAGUUUUUGAGUUUAACUGUCGGUUCCACAGAGUAAGGCGAGACAAGAGAGUUGAAGGCGAGUCUCUGGAGACGGACGGUACUAUCCGGAAUGCUGCACAAAAGCUCAAAGUGGGCGACAUCUGUCAAAUGCAGUACUUGAAGGGCGACAUCUUUGCCGGCAUUGUGGUGGAAAAUCGAGAGGUGGAUGAGACCCUUUUGCUAGAAAUUCUUCCCAACGGUGACCGCUUGGAGGUGGCAUGGAAAUGGCUACUGCUGCCUGAUCCAUUAGACUAUCGCUUACCCAAGGCAUCGGAUAAUGCUCUGCCCAUGCCAGCAACCCGGAAAGCAAAGGAUCAACUCAAUGCGACGAGACCCCACGAGGACAGACCGAGGAAGGAUGACGUCUUUGCCGAAGGGUACACGUGGGCCGAGUUUGAGGUUCACGAAGUGCACAACAAGGACCAGUGCAAGGUCAGCUUUGAAAAACCAGAUCAGAUGUGGCAUUAUCUCGGCAAAACGUCGACUGAGGCCAAGGCGCAAUACACGGAGAAUCCGGACUUGCAGCGGCACAAUCCAAGGGGCAACUUUCUGAAUACUGUUCCCAAGCCUUCCAAGCCUCCCAAGCCCCCCAAGCCGUGCAAGCCGGCCAAGCCUCCCAAGCCAGCGCUUGUCUCCCAACCGGGAUAUAAUCACGCAUCAUACGUGGCGAAGGCCAUGGCCUAUUCGUACAACCUUGCUGCCAACCAUGCUGCCAACCACGCCGCCAACUACGCCGCAGCGACGACGACGCCUCGGCCCGUCACGUUCGACAAGCCCCAUGUCUAUACGCCUAGACAGACCGCCAACAACAAACUCACCACACCCUCGACGCCGGCGGCGUUUGCUACUCAUCCUUCUGUGUCUAAUUCUUCACCUCCGGUUGGCCCAGCUCCAGUAUUUUAUAACUAUUCGCAUCCAAGUUCGGCCUUUGCCAAGCAGUCACCGUGCCAUCAUCAAAAUACUCUUAGCAAUGGACGCAGUCAGCUUGGCCAACCACUUGCAGCAGCACCAGUACAUUCCGUUCCUUGCAAGCCUGUCCUAGCACCGUCUACCCAGCCUGGCAAACCCUUGUGGCAAGUCCACUCAUCCAUCUACCAAAAGUACCCAUUUUUCCAGGUCAACCAUAAUCGCGACCCGUCCAGGUACCGAACGCCAUACUCGCCGCACGGCGGUUUUCUCAACGGCUACGAAGGCGACCUUCGGGCACAUUUGAUGGCAAAUCAAAAUGAGCUGACGAGACCGUUUUCUACUUGGGGCUUGUCGUCAUGGUCUGCAGCUCCGGGAAUUACGCAACAAGCCUUACCCUUUCAAGCCACGAAGCCCAGGCCCGCUCCGAUUGUCAAGAAGUUCAAGAUUCCCUCAAAGGUGUCCCCGGUACCUCUGCCUCCUCAUGUCGUGGCAGCCAUGACGAAAGCAUCGCCGCCAGCGUCUGGCUCAGAAUCCACGAGUGGCGAGACGGGAGCCACGAGUCCCAGAUCAACCGCAGCUCCUGUCAUAUCGCCGCAAGCCGCGAACGGCCCUGAUGCUGCCCGAACCUCCGACGCGACUGCAAGGUCGUUUAAUGCAACAUGGCAAGGUGGGCCAGCGCAAGACAAGGUUGACUUGGGAAUCACUAGUGCAGAGACCAUGUUCACAAUGGAGCGUCCCAAGGCGACGCAAGAAUUCGCCGACGUUCCGGGCUCAGAAUCAAUGCAGUUCGUGGAGAGGAUGAUGCAGAAUUUGAAAAAGGUAUCAAUGAACGACACGGAAAGAAAAGACGGCUAA